AAAAAAAAAAAAAAAAAAAGAAACCGUAAACCCCAACAAAAUGUAAAGAAAAACUAGGUAACAAAAAUUAAAAGGCACGAAUAUUAUUUAGUAGAACAUAAUCUGGGGCAGGAGUUGCUCAAGGCUUAGGACAACUAACGACGCUGCACAGCUGACGACGAUUGCCUUGCGGCAAGGACAUUACACACACAUUUCUUUCUCUUCAUUUUUUUCAUAAAGAGUGAGUGUGCGUGUGUGUGUGUGUGUGUGUGGCCUGCAUUGAGCAAAGCACGAAAUUAAGUGCAGAUUAUCAGCAGAUUAUAUUUUAAUAGCAUUUCAAGCUGUUGCCUUUCACGACAAGCCCAAAGGACGACGACGACAACAACAGCGAAAAGGACACAGACAACACCAACAACAACAACAACAACAACAACAACAAAAAGCAAAUACACGUGCUAGUUGUGCCCAGCUAUAUCUCCCUCUGUCCGUCUCUCAAUGUGUGCGAGUGUGUUGGUGUACAAGUGCGGCUUAUUACACGAUGUCUUGUGCAAGUAUCUUUUGUGUAGCUGCCCCAACUAAAGCAAACAUAAGCCCGCUGGAAAUUGAAAUCAAGUAACAAGCGCCAUUUUUAUUGCUCAGUGUUUCGAGUGUCCUUUGCCAAGUGUCGCGUGUGUCCACGAGCAGAAAGCAAAUAAUAAGAAAACCAAAGAAACGUGAAAGAUUUAAUUAAAACAUUAAGCAUACGCCCGGUGUCAGUCGAGACAAACGCAGCGCAAGCAGCAACAGAACUGAAUCCAAGUGAACUGAAGAACUGGAGCGUGGAGCGUGGCAGGGAAACUAAACAGCAGUGCGUUUUCCUUUGGCUGGGUGCAAAAACAAAUGCGUGGCACGGAAGGCAACUGUAGCGGAAGUGCAAGUUAUUAGAAGCGCAGCCAGUGCGAAAGACGAGUCUAUUAACAGAACAAACAGCCUAAAAGAACUGAAAGAAUAAGGGCGCAGCAGGACAGCGUGGAGGAGGCAAAAUCCUUGGCAAAUCGAAUUGCUAAGCGGCUGCCAAUGAGACGACGCUACACACACUGCUGUCAGCAGGGCCAUCAACUGGAGCAGCAGCAGCUGGUAACUGGAAGCUGGCUUAGCUGAAGCUGGAAGGGAAUCGACACAGUUGGACGGUUUGGCAAAAGCCGAUUGAAAAUUUGCUAUAUUGACAUAAGGAAAUCGUUAGCCGGCUUAGCUAGCUGCCAGUUCGGCAGGCACAUUUAAAAUUAAAAAAUCUACCAACAAUACAUACACACAUACAUAUAUUUAUAUAUGUAUGUCAAGGCAGACAAAGUGUUAUGCUAAUGCGAGUGAGUGGGCCAUGAAUAUAACAUGACUCAGGCAGCUAAGCUCAGCCAAGUGAUGACAAUAAGCCCCAAGAUGAGCAGCAGAAAGCUGGAAUAGAAAUACCGAGAGAGAGAGAGAGAGAGAGAGAGAGAGAAAGGCAAGAGUAGCUUAGAGAAAGCACAUUAUAGAUAUUAGCUUAAAGAGUGAGAGAGAUUCUUGCACUGAAAUGACGGAGCUGAGACGCCUGGAAUCACUGCAUAAGCAGCAUUCGCUGCGCGGCGAGCGUGUGCCACAUCCGAUGCUGCUGCAACGCUCGCUGGCCGAUUUGGCCGGCUGCAGCUUGAGCAGCGGCGGCAACAGCGUGGCCAGCACCACCAGCAGCAGCACAGCCACUGCCACCACAGCGCUGCACCAACAGCAACAGCAGCAGCAGCAGCAGCGCAACAUAGAAUUCGAUGAGCAUGACAUUUACUAUGUCUCGCCCUCUAAGCGAAAAUCGGGCGUGGCACCUGUUGGGCCAGCGCUGCGGCCGGCCAAUGCCUACGAGGCGAACAAUAAUAUGAACGGCAAUCACAAUGUGGUCACCUUCUCGGAUUAUGUGAGCGAACGCGUUGCCUCCAUCAGCAGUUCGCAUCGUGGUUCACUGAAGCGGGCCAAGGGCCGCAGCAAUCAGUCGCUCUGCAGCUGCGAUGCCGGCGACGAGGCGCAACUGCAGCCGGACGCAGCGCGUCCGCUGUACGAGUACAGCUUGGAGCGACGCCGCAAAACGCACACCUACACCUGUGAGCAGAACGCACAAAUACUCAUGAGACUGGAGCGCGAACGUAAUCGUAAAUUAUCACUGACUUCUAUUGGCGGCGGAGUCGGCGGCAGCCAAGGCACAGCCGAAUCGCAGCUAAGCGACACGCCCAGCUUUUCGGAUGUGGACAUCAUACCGCCAGUGCCGCCGCCGCCUGCGCUCAAACGGAACGGCAGCAUGCGCAGCCUGCGUCUGCUGCAGCAGCUGCAACAACAACAGCAGCAGCAGCAACAAUUGUUGCCAUUAGCUGUCAACAAGAGCAACAACAAUUUGGCAAUGGGCAUGGCUCAGCUGUGCAGCAGCGAUCUGCUAGAGGACUGCACCAAGACGGCGCUCGAUGAUUGUGCAGCGACAUUGCUGAAGUGCACCAACAGCGGCAAUAGCAACAGCAGCGCCAGCAGCAAUAUAAAUGUCAAGCCGGAUCUGUGCAAUGGCAAUAGCCACGCCCACAGCCUUAAGAAGUCACACAAGCCCAAGCACCCGCCCUUUGCCGCACACGAGGAGGACAACAUCUUUACGCCGCACUCCCAGAAAUCUGAUCCAAGUUUAUGUUUUGUGCCAGCCGCAGCCGCACCAACAGCAGCUGGAACAACAGGCAGCACAGCAGCAACUAUUGCUGCCGCACCCAACAAAUACAAUACAAUCGGGCCGAGCAGCGAUUAUGCUAGACACUUGGCCCACUAUAGCCGCUACCUGCAGAAGCAGCAUCAGCAGCAGCAAUUGGCUCACUUUCAGCAGCAGCGCUGUCGCUGCUUCUCCCAAUCGCUGCUCAACUUUCCAAUCAACCAACAGCAGCAGCAACAGCAACAACAGCAACAUCAAGCACAACAACAGCAACCAGACUCCAAGCCGAACCUGGGCAUUCUGCAGCAGCUGACAGAGCCGGCAGCACAUAUAUUUCACACCAGCAGCAUGGACUGGACGCUGCCCAUGAACAGUCGCAGCUUUGGCAAUUUGGUGGACAUUGAUGGCGGCUGCCGUGUGCCGUAUCAGAAAAUGCAACAAUCAUCGGCGCUGGCCUCCUCCAAUUUCACAAUGAACUCCUUCGAUAGCGCCAACAGCAACGGCAUACUCAAAGAGCGCGACACGCAGUCACAUUUGCCAGCCCACGCCCACUCACAUCCACAUGGCCAUUCGCAUCAUUAUCAUGCACACGAUGUGGCCCAUUCCCUGCUGCAUCAUGCGGCCGUUGGCGCAAGUGCCGGCAUUCCGGCCACGCCACAGAAACAUCAUCAGCUGCACUCGAGCGUCACGAGCAUCAUGCCCUGGAAGCAUCGACAGUGCCCCAGUCGCGGCUCAUCCAGUUCGGGCACUAACUCAUUCCGCUUCGAUGCGGCCAAGCAUUGGCUAGCAGUCAGCUCGAUACUCUUGAUAAUUGGCGCUGCCAGUGUGGCAGUGCCCCUGGCGCUACGUGUUGCUGCAAGUGCGCCCUUUGAGGAGCGUUUGCGUGUUGCCGUACAGCUCCUGGAUCAAGUGCCUUUAAUCGAUGGGCAUAAUGACUUACCCUGGAAUAUACGCAAGUUCCUCCACAACAGACUCAACGACUUCAACUUUGAUGAGGACUUGCGCAACGUGGUGCCCUGGGCGCGCAGCCACUGGAGCCACACGGAUCUCACGCGUCUGAAGAAGGGGCGCAUAUCAGCGCAGUUCUGGGCAGCCUACGUGCCCUGUGAGGCACAGCAUCGCGAUGCAGUGCAGCUGACGCUCGAGCAAAUUGAUGUGAUCAAAAGGCUAACCGAUCGAUAUUCGCCGCAGCUAACCACCUGUACCUCGGCGCAGGACAUCAUCGAUGCCCACAAGAACCAGCAGCUAUGCUCGCUGACCGGCGUCGAGGGCGGCCACUCGCUGGGUGGCUCGCUGGCUGUGCUGCGCACCCUGUACGCCAUUGGAGUGAGGUAUAUGACGCUGACAUCCACAUGCCAUACGCCGUGGGCCGACUCGAGCUACGCGGACGCGCCAACCUUCAACAUGAAGCACGGCGGACUCACUAUAUUUGGCAAGACAAUCAUACGCGAGAUGAAUCGGCUGGGCAUGAUGGUGGAUCUGUCGCACGUCUCCAAGGGAACCAUGCGCGACGCUCUCGAGGUGAGCGAGGCGCCCGUCAUCUUCUCGCACUCCUCUGCCUACGAGCUGUGCAAUACGAGCCGCAACGUGCAGGACGACAUCCUGCAGUCGCUGGCCAAGAACGGCGGCCUCGUCAUGGUCAACUUUUACUCCAAGUUUCUCUCCUGCAGCGACAACUCAACGGUUCAGGACGCAGUCGCGCAUAUUAAUCACAUUAAGCGCGUUGCUGGCAUCGAUCACGUUGGCCUCGGCGCCGGCUACGACGGCAUUAAUUACACUCCCAAAGGCCUGGAGGAUGUUUCGUCGUAUCCCACUUUAUUCGCUGAGCUUUUGGGUGGGGGUUGGACCAUGGAUGAGCUGACUAAAUUGGCUGGGGGCAAUUUCUUGCGCGUCAUGCAGCAGGUGGAGAAGCUACGCGAUGAGAAGAAGGCCGCCGGACUCAAGCCCUACGAAGAUCAUCCCAAUUUCCGCACUGACGAUCCAUACAAUUGUACUUCCAGCUAAUUAAAUCUAAGCAUUAGAGCCAAACAGGUUGUACAAUAGACCAGUUUAGUGAAGGUGCAUGCAACGAAAAUCUAUAUAAAUUCAAUAUACAUAUAUUUAAAAAAUGAAUACACAUAGAAAUUAAUUAUGUGGAAUAUUUCAAAAAUAAAUAAAUAAAUACAAUUGCAUUCUAGUUAUGUAAGAUAUGGCCUAGCUAUGGUUUGUAUAAGCUUUAAGUAUAUAUUCAUAAGACUACGAGUAUUUGGCUAGUUAUUGCUAAGUUCUAACUAAACCUAAACCUUUCGAAUUUUGUUGUUGUUAAGUUAUGAGACAAUCUACAGACUGCCAAGAGAAGCCACAGCACCCACACUUUACAACAAAUCGUUGAGAUUUAUUUGAGAAACACACACCAAAAGGUUUUUUGCUGUCCACCCAAGCCAACUGCUCCGACCGCUCCUCCCAUAUGAAAUUCGCUAAAGAUUCCCCAAUGACGACUUUCAACUGGACCAACAACAGAAAUAGAUCAAAUAUGAAAUACAAUAUAUGCAGAAUACAAUUACCAUAUGUUUCCGACUUUAUUCAUUUAGUUGUUUAUGUGAAAAACUACAUAUCAAGCGUGUAAUAAAUAUGAUACAUAAAAUUGAAUUAAUUUCUUAGAUUAAUGCUAAUGCAAAUAUUGAAAGAAGAAGAAGACGAAAAACAAGUGGGAAAGCAUACACUUACAUUGAAUAUUAUAUUAUUAUAAUUAUUAUUAUAAAAAGUAUAUUAAAUAUUAAUAAAAUAUUUAGGAAAUUGGGGCGGGCAUUAAUUAAAUGUUUAUUAAACAAUUAGUUGAAUUUUUUAAGCAGUCGUAUAAACUAUAUACUGAACGGCAUAAAUAGCGUACCACAUACUAAAUUAGCACAAUAAGUGAAAGAAAAAGUAGGCGUGGCAAAUAGCUAGAAGUGCAUGCCACGCAUACAAAUUGUAAAUAACUGAAAUUAAAAAAAAAAAAAAAAAAAAUGAAUAAAUAUAUUAAUCUAACUACGAAUGAAUUCUCCCUAAACAUAAACAAAAGAAAACUCUGUCAGUAUCUCUGUACCUUCUGAACCUACAAAACAAAAGAAAGUUUAGUCAAAUGUGCGUAGCCCUAAGUAAAUAAAUAUACACACAAAGAAUAAAGGCAAAGAUAAAGAUAAACUCAAUAAUUGUACAUUUUCUAUGCAAAUAUUUAAAAACUAUUGUUAAACUUUUUAUGGCGCAUUUUAUACGAUUUUGUAUGUAUGUAGUUCUGUACAUAGGAUUUUUACCUACAGUCACACACACUCAUACACUAGCACACACACACAUACAC